GUCGUGCCGACGAGCCAACACUUCUCCAAUAGCGAACUUUGUACCGUACUGGGUGCUUUGGAUCAGUUAUAUGUCCCAAUUCAAUUGCGCGAGGAUAAACCGGCGGAGGCAAGUCGAAUUAAGGAGCUUUCUGUUUUAAUUGAUACGCCUAAAGCUGAGUCUAUUAUCUAAAGGAGGAUUUAGUCUUGGAAUCAGGUCGAAGAAUAGCGCGUGAUAUUGGUGUGGGUGAUCCGGAGCGUAUGUCGCCAUUGCGCGUGGAAGUCUACGUUAACAGUGUACUCUCUUCAAUGAACAUGCAAAUAGUCCAAGAUGUAUAGGAGCUGCAAGAGGAGUAUCCACUUUUCGCUGCUGUCAAUGGCGCUGCAAAUCAAGGUCUCCAUCAUCGCGGUUGUAUCAUCUUUUUGGAGUAUGUGCCACCGAAGCCGGCACGCAAGACUCUCAUGCUGGUGGGUAAGGGAGUCACCUACGAUACUGGCGGUGCCGAUAUCAAAGCUGGUGGUGUAAUGGCUGGCAUGUCACGUGAUAAGUGUGGUGCAGCUGCUGUCGCUGGAUUUAUGCAGAUUGUCAAUGAGAAAAAGCCCGAUGAUGUGCACGUUAUGGCUGCUCUCUGCAUGGUACGAAAUUCGGUAGGUGAGGAAUUAUAAAUCUCCGAUG